AUGCCAGUCCAUUCAAAUCAAAGUACUACCAGAAUUGGACCACGAGGCGGUCAGCACAUGGAUAGGACUCUGACUCAAGCACAGGCGAUCCGAGAGCAGAAACGGAGACUGAAAACAAAUAGUAACAUAACUGACUCGGCAGAGGACACGGAAUGGGAUGGAGAAAGUACGGGGAAUCCCAGUGUCGUGUCAAAUAACUCUACAUCUAUAAUGAAUCCAAAUGAAGCGCUAGUAACUGGCAGCGAUGAGACAAUCAAAUCCGAAAUCGGGUUUCGUCACUUGUCCAAUGAGGGAGUAUUAGAUAGAGGUGCAUAUGCAGAUUUGAAGGAAGAUCCUGAUGAUGAGUAUUUUCCCAGCAUGAUAUCGCGUAACGAUUUGAUUUUUUCUAGUGGUAGGAAACACGGCGGUGGUAGUGCUAGCCGAUGGGAUGCCCGUCCACUUUACCCGAAGAAGAGAGUAACCAGCCAUGAGGGAAAAGGUUUAACUGCGCUUCGAAAGUCGUUGGGGGAACCAAUCCCAUUGCAUUAUAUGUCACAGGAUAAUACAGACAUACCACAGCCUCGAAUCUCAAACUUAGAUCCUAUACGGCAGGCCGGGACUUCUAAGAAUGUUGAUCAUGACAUAUUACCAGAUAAUGAGAUAGAAAAGAAACGUAAAGAGAUGACUGCUAAAUGGAGAACUUUGUUGACAAAGGAUAAACUAUCUGUUGAGAAGAAAUUAAAAGAAUUGGAGUUAUGGCACGAUUCCGGGAAGAAAAUUCCGCAACCAAAACAACCAAAACAACCAGAGAGAGUGCCAUCUGUCAUAUCAUCAUUCGGUAGCCCACUGCCAAACAUUUCAAGGACGCCCCCUGUACCAAAAGCAGAUGAAACUGAAGAUUUUUUACUGAAGUUACGCGAUAAUGUUGACAGUAACUCUCAGAAAUUGGAUCAGAUUAUAGCAUUACUGUCUGCCAAGCAACCAAAAACACCGAGCCCGGAACCAAGUCAUGGAGCCAGUAUCUUACGAAACGGCAUCCCGACUGAAAAUAUGUUUUGGACACUCUGUAUUAUAGUAUUAUUUGUCGGGAACGUAAUGGUGUACCACUACUUAUAG